AUGAGGCGCUCAACAACACCCGCCAAGAACGGCCUGGAGGCAGAUCAGCAUCAACCAGUUGCAGAGGGCGCGUUUUCGCGCUUGGCCGAACACGCGCCGUGGGGAAUGUUCAUGGCGGGCGCUGACGGGCACAUCACUUACUGUAACAAGAUGUGGCGGCAGAUAUCCAGACGACAGGCCGACAACAUUGAUGACACGGCGACAGGUUGGAUGAACAAUAUCAGAGACGGAGACAGACAAACACUAGAAGCUGCGUGGCGGAGGCUAGUCACCAACGGAGAAGCCCUUUCUGUCGACUUCCAGUUCCGCCACGACGAUGAGGGAGCAAACCUGUCCGGCGAUUCUUGGUUUCGCUUGACGGCUUCCUUCGAGAAGCAGGCUGAGGGUGUGCCGCCGUGUAUCCUCGGUUAUCUCACAGAUAUCACAUCACAAAAAUGCGCCGAAAAUACACAGGCCGAACGACAAGCUCGGGCGACAGAUCUGAGGUUCCAACAAAGCAGUUUCAUCGACAUCAUCAGUCACGAAAUGCGCAACCCGCUGUCUGUAGUCCUCCAGUGCGCGGAACAAGUCGUCAACAGUUUUUCGUCGCUCGAGACGCAGCGAGACGAUGACAGGACCAACGAACAACUACGAAGCUGUCUGGAGGCGGCCACGACCAUAAACCUCUGCGCGAGUCACCAGAAGCGAGUACUCGACGACAUAAUUAUCCUCGCCAAGCUCAAUGCCAACCUUUUAUCCAUCACGCCUGUCGAUGAGCACCCAAUCAAGGUCGUUGAACAAACGCUUAGGAUGCUUGAGCCGGACCUCACAUCUUUGGGCAUCGAAGUCAAGUUCAAAUUGGACGAAAGCUUCGACAAAUACGACAUCUCAGAGAUUAAAAUGGAUCCACCCCGACUCCAGCAGGUGCUCUCCAACUUGAUGAAUAAAGUGAUGGAGUCGGCCCAAGGACAAGAAAAGCGUACCAUCACGUUGACAAUGAGCGCGUCCAAAGACAUCAGCGACGUCGCCGACCAGGGUGUCUUCUACUUUGAGAGGUUCAGUAAAGAGAGAACAGGGGGCAUACACAUCAGCAAGGACGACUGGGGUACUGGAGAGGCGAUCAAUAUCCAUUGCUUGCUGCAGGAUAGCGGACCGGGUCCUACGGAGGACCAGUUGCGAGCGCUUUUUGAUACCUCACAGCCCAGGAACCGACGGUCGCACGGACUUCAGAGCGGCUCAAGUAUCGGCCUCUUCAUCGCCAAGAUUCUGACGGAGAUGCAGGGCGGUCAAAUCGGCGUUUCGAGGACGGAGACGGGCAGCAGCAAUCUCUGCUUCUACAUCCAGGGCCGCAAGAGCACGCGGCCACAGGGGAACAGGGAGCAUGCCACAGCUGCCGCCGAGACCGGGCGCAGUACUGAGGCUUCGACCAUCGCUCCCGCUCCAGGCCCGGAGGGAGAGGCACCCGCGAACCCCGCGCUUGACAUUCUGAUCGUUGAAGACAAUGUCAUCAGCCAGCGGGUUCUUCAAAAGCAGCUGCGCAACACCGGCCACAGGGCCCGCGUGGCCAACCACGGCCGUGAGGCCCUCGACGCGCUGCAGAAGUCGCGAUAUUGGGUUGGUCACGAGGAUUGUGGUCUUGAUGUUUCUGUCAUCCUUAUGGAUCUCGAGAUGCCGGUUAUGGAUGGAAUCACCUGCACCAAGAGGAUCCGAGAGUAUGAGAGGGACGGCACCAUUACAAAACACAUCCCCAUCAUCGGCAUAUCGGCCUACGCGCGGUCGGAGCAGAUCAAAAACGCCAAGGCAGCGGGCAUUGAUGAUGUCCUGCCGAAACCGUUUCGCAUACAGGAGUUGAUGCCGAAGAUGGACAUGCUCAUGGGUCGGCGCAGAAAGUUUUCAUUCAGUCCCAAAGUCUGAAGCAAGCUGCAGCAUUGGCGCUGGCAACCACUCGAGCUGUCCGCAAAAGGCUACAACACGUUGUGUGUCAUCAAAUUGGGUCAGCUAAUAAGCCAGCCCGACGGUAUCAUUAUUUAGUCUAGUCUGAACGCGCAGCACAGACCCUAGGCCAAGCUCAGAUGGCAUCAGGUCUCAGGGAAGCGCAGACAACUACGCGGCGCAAGGAACUCUGCCCAGAGCUGAAUGGCCUUUCAGCUAUGCCGCUCAAGGUCCAUCUUGCCUGGCCAUGUCCCGCCUCCACUGCGCCCGUACCUGGUCCAACAGCCCAGGGGUCGCACAGACCUCAAUAGCCGUCCCGGCCAUGGCCUUGGCGACCCUCAUGGCCCUGUCGAAGGCUCCUCUGGUGCUCGAAGCCUUCUCAAAGUCCGGGCUAUGCGGCUGUCCACCAUCGACGCCCGGAGGAAUGGCAAAGCUGACGUUCAUGCUCGGCAGAGCAUAGCUCAAAUUGCCCUGGUCCGUACUGGCCUUGACCCAGGUGAACUGUCCCGGCAGCGGUAAAGGCGGCUCCGGCACGUCGGGCAAUGCUUGCCAGUACUUGGCAAAAGCUCCUGCGAGCACGCUGUUGGGAACGUGGUCCAGGUAGCCCGGCACCACGUCGAUGUCGACCUUGGCCCCGGUGGCCUCGGCGCCGGCCCUGAAGCACGCCUCGACCUUGGCUUGCAGCUCGCGCAGUCUGGAAGCACUGGUGGCGCGCAGGACGGCCACGCCACCGGCACGCUCGUGGAUGACAUUGGGCUUGUUCCCGCCGUCUGUGAUUUGCAAGCCUAUGAUGUCGUCUGGCCGCGUCUGCUGGCGCAGCAUCGAGACGGCGUUGUACGCGACCACCAUGGCGUCGAGUGCGUUGAUGCCACGCCAUGGGUUGCGAGCCGCAUGGGCUGCGCGGCCGUGGUACACGACGUUGAGGUGGGUGAAGGCGGUUGUGCGAACCAUGGGGCUGUUGUUGAGGAUCCCGGGGUGAGAGAUGAUGGAUACGUCCACGUCCCUGUAGGCACCGGCAUUGAGACAUUUGAUCUUGCCUCCGCCACCUUCCUCGGCCGGCGUGCCGACGAUGGUGACCUUUCCGCCGAGACGGUGCCGUCGCAGCAUCUCGGCCGAAGCGAGACCUGCGGCGACUGAAGCCACGGCGAUGAGAUUGUGACCACAGGCGUGACCGAGUCCAGGGAGCGCAUCUAGAUAGCAUUGGCCUGUAAGCAUGUGCAUAGAGCAAUGUACAGAGCAAUUAAAUGCGAACAAAACACACCC